UACUGAAAUUGAAUGGCUAAACGUCGACCUUGUUUUACUAUUAUCGUCCUAAUUUAAAACAUAAAACUACUAAAUUUUCCUUUAUCAAAUAAACUAAAUUAAAAAAAAAAACACUCCUAAAAUCCCUAAUCUGUUCGUUCUCCUCGCCGUCGCAUGCAUCCUUCUCCCGAAUUCACUAUCGACACCGUCCACCCAGCUGCCGUAACUUCUCCCAAGCACUCUGAUGCAAUUACUUCUCCCAGUUGUGUCUCAUUUCUAUCCCCCUUGCUCAGACAACUCGAUCUUCUAACUUCUAUUUGAAAUAGAUGAUAAAGUUACCAGUUGGGUGAAUAUGUUAAUCAAAUAAGGUGAAGGUGAUCGUGAAGAGGGGAGAAGAAAUUGGUUGUAUACUUGUGCCAUGGUCCAUGGCAGCCGAUGCGAAACUGAUGGACGUUCUGUUUGUCUAUCUCGCGCUGCCCGUGGCCACCAUCAUCAACCUCUUCCGGAAAGCAACCGCGAUGGUAACGUUAGGCUGCAUCGACAACGUUUACUCAAACAUGGAAAAUAUAACUCUCGCUUCCUUUCCUCUUAAGGAAAGUGGUAAGAUGGUGGCCGGCAGGUUCACGUCGACGGUUGUGGAAUAAAUGGCUGGAAUCCUCAUAAGUCUACAAGGCACGAUAAUCAUUUGAAAAGGGUAAUACUUUCUGCUCUUGUGGGAAAUGUGGCAAUGUACUAUGGAUAUGAUCAAGUGGGUUAUCAAGUGGCAACGACCAGGAGAAGUAUUCGGCUAGACCCUUCGUCUUCGUUACAGAUGUUUGCUGAAAAGCCAAGCUGGGUUGUUUUUGGUGAACUCUUGUCAACCAUUAACGAUUAUUUGGUCUGUGUUACUGCCUUUGAACUUUUUAAAGCUAGAGUUGUUGCCAAAGGCCACCCCAACAGGAAGGAGUGGAUUUUCAGGACACAUUUGCCUCAGUAGUUAAGAUGACAACAAUCAGAACUUUUUUGGUUGUUGCUGCUAUCAGGAACUGGCAUAUUCACCAGUUAGACGUGAAUAAUGCCUUCCUCCAUGGAGAUCUUCAGGAGGAAGUCUAUAUGACCCUACCCAAAGGCUAUGAACCACCCCCUAGUUUUAUCAAUCCUGUUUGUCGCCUCAAAAAGUUACUCUAUGGCCUCAAAUAGGCUUCUAGACGGUCCAGUAAGCUGAAUGACAAACUACAGUUCCUGGGAUACACUCAAAGUAAAGCAGACCACUCUCUUUUCUACAAGGCUACAGACUCUUCUUACACAUGUGUUCUCAUCUACGUCGAUGAUUUGGUUGUUGGUGGUACUCUCUGCAAUUGAGGAUCUCAAGGCCCUACUUCAUUCAGAAUUCAGUAUAAAGGAUCUAGGCACUCUAUGAUUCUUUCUUGGUAUGGAAGUUGCAAGAAACAAAUAGGGAAUUCAUCUUUCACAAAGAAAAUAUGCACCGGAAAUCAUUGAAGAAGCAAGAUUGAUUGAUUCCAAGUCUGUUUCCACCCCGAUGGAUUACAAGGCACAUCUAUCUGUUGUUUGUGACAUUCCCUAUGAGAAUCCAGAACAUUACAAGACACUAGUGGGCAAACUAAUCUAUUUGACUACCACAAGGCCUGAUAUCGGCUUUGCAACACAACAAGUCAGUCAAUACAUGGGUUUCCCUAGUUUCACUAUAAAGGGCGAGUGAUUCGGUGGUUUUGGCUUGUGGCCUGUAGUUCUAUGUCAACUAGUUGGUUGUAGGGAUGUUGGCUUCACUUAGAAGAUUUGGAUGCUAUGUUUUCUUGUCUUGUGGAGAUUGGGUUUCGGUAGUGGGCUUUGUUGGGUGUUCUCUGGCGGCGUGAUUUAACAGGACUACCCACCUAUUAGCUAAAUAAGUUCUUUUAUCGGGAGUCCGGUUUUAUACAGUCAAUCUCAUACUUUUAUAGUAUGACAAUAGCCGUGGAAUAUAGAUAAAAAAAAUCUAUGAUUUUCAUGCAAAUUAACUUAUCAAUUUGAUUCAAAUUAUUAUUAUUUUUACUUCAAUUAGAUCAAACACCAAUUGGUAUGGGAAUAAUCUAUCUAUCUAUCUAUACAUAAUAUUAUGGCAAUUCAAAAGUAGUUUGUUGCCACAUAAGCAUUUGGAGAAUUUACAAGGUGCCAUGGUGUACACUUUUUUUACAACAAAAAAGUUAGUUAAUGAUCAAUUAAUAUAUCUAUAUCUAUCUUCUUUUAAUAUUUUCUUUUUAUUUUAAUGAUCAUUUAUGUAGCUAUCUAUAUCUUCUUUUAAUAUAUUUUUUAUUCAAUAAUUGUUUUUUACAAUAUAUAUGUAUAGCAGCAGUAUACGUAUGUUUGGAGAGUGACAUAUAUUGUAAUCUUUUAACAAAUAUAUUUGAUUAAAUCUGAUCAAUUAAUUUUAAUUUUUACUAGAACUUAAUACAGUGAAGUUUAGAUAAUCAACAUUUAAUAAUCAAUUGAAUUUGAA